AUGUCGACAUAUCCACCACUACCCAUCGUGACACAGCCAUUGAACCUCGCGGAUAAGCUGUCCCUUUCUUGGCGGCUUCCUCUAUUGCUCAUCCGUUGUGCGGUAAAGCUUUCAGCCUUGUGCCUCUCGCGCGGCGACAUUUCCCUCAUUCAAUGGCGCCAGAAGCUUGCACUUGCCUUCCUGCAGGCGCUCGAAGCUUCUUUGACAAGAAAGCAGCGGACUGCGUAUAUACGGAAAUUAUCAACAGGCGAGGGUAUCCAGAGAUACUGCCGCAAGCACGACUUGAGCCAUAGAGUCGUCGUUGGGAAUUUUCCUACCCAGAUCGACGACCAUGGUGCCCCGAUCACGAUACUUCAUUUCGUCAAAGAUGCAUCAGCACGGGCGGGCGGGCCCACAAUACUUUACUUCCAUGGCGGCGGAUACCAUAGCCCUAUUCGCGCGGCGGGCCACGCCCCGUUCGCAUUACUCUGCGCUAAAGCCUGCAAAGCGUCACAGGUCGUGUUCUUAGAGUACUCUCUUACCCCGGAGCAGCCAUACCCGUGCCAGCUGAUCCAAGCUGUGGAGGGCCUGCGGCUCCUUCUCGAGGACGAGAGCAUCCAAGCAGAGAACAUCAUUCUCGCUGGUGAUAGUGCAGGCGGACACUUGGUUGCAAGUCUGUUGACUCACAUUGUCAAUCCUUCGCCGUAUGCGGCGCCGAUAGAUCUUUGCGGUGGUCAGUUUAGGGCUGUUGCUCUUGUAUCACCCUGGUUGGUGAUGCCCACGGAUGGGCAUGAUACUGCGCGGUUCCCGCAAGCACCAAAUGACUGGCUAUCGCGCGAGACGCUGGCUCUAUUCACGGAAAUGUUCAAACCUACACUGGGCGAGGUCUGGAGUAACCCCUGCGAGGCGGCGGGCGCUAGUGAUGUGUGGAAGAAGCUCUUUCCCGGCAACGGUGGGCGUGCAGUAUCUCGCAGAGUAAUCUUGGCUGUGGGGACAUCGGAGUUGCUGUUUGAUUCGUGUGUGAAGUUCGGCAGGGACUUUGUAGCAUUUGAAAGCAUUUGUAUUGAUGGUCAGGCGAGUGUGGAGUUGCUCAAGGAAAAGGACUUUGUUCUUGCUAUAGCUCCUGGAGAGACGCAUGUUCAGCCCGGUGUCGACUGUGCGCUGAAGUAUCAUGAUGGGCGGAUGUUGAAGGCGAUACUAGCUUUUCUAGAAGCUUGCUAA